CUUCUCGGUCCCAAAACUCGAGGCUUCCAAACUCCUGAUCGCGGUUGCUUCGUCGUCAAGUCUCACCGCGCUCAAUUCGUUCAAGUCCGUAUUUUGGCUAUCUUUGCAAGCUCUUAGAAGCUCCAGGCACCUACGAAAAAGCUUCUUGGCACCGAAAAUUUGACAUUUCACGAUGGCUGCUGUUGAGCAGGAUCCCCUGUUCCUGCUGCGGCAAUCCAUCGCAUCCAAGCGACCUGCAGUCCCGACAGCGUCCGCCGAUGCGUCUGCACCCGAAGUAGCCCUCUCGAAAGCCACUCAUCUGCUCUUCUCUCACCCAGCCCCAGUAUCGGUAUUGCUUUCAACGCCCACGCGCUUCAUCUCCAGCGACCGCCCUGUCGACCUGCGAUCAAUCUACUUCGCUUGGCUGAACAAGGAUGUCGCAAUUCCCGAGUACAAUGCAAGCGCGACUCGCCUCAACGAGGAAUUGGGCAGCCUCGGGACGGUCCAGAACCUUGCUUUCGUCGAACGCCUAGAUCUGUUCACCUGGCUGGAAGGCGCUAGUGAGGAGAGUGAGCACAUCAAGCCGUUGGCCGGCGACAAGGACGGCAAGGAGGGAACUGGCGCGAGCGCGUCUAAGACUGCGCCGGCGACCGCAGCCAGCCGAGCUGGACGCGGCACAUUGGACCCUCGACUGGCGGUUAUCUAUAACGGCGAGCGCAAGAUGGGUGACCGCAACUCGGUGUUGCGCGGCGUGAAGCCCACAGACUUCUCCCACGUCCGCAAGCUCGCCGUUCCCUUUAUACAGAAGAAACCUCAUGGCGCAGCGAGCAUCAGCACGAACCCGUCGCUCCCCAUCAACCAGAAGCCCCCGACGCGUCGGCCGGACCCCAUCAUCCUCCUAUCGCCUUCCGCCUCGUCACUGCUCCGGCUGUCCAAUAUUCGAUCCUUCCUCGAGGGAGGACGUUAUGUGCAACCCGACGGCAGUGCCGCCGCCAGCAUGCUGCACGUCUCUCGUGUCAUGAAGGACAUCGAUCCUUCGCGGCCCAUGCGCUUUAUCCUUGUCGAAGGCCCCGAGCAGUUCAAACCCGAGUACUGGAACCGCGUCGUCGCUGUAUUCACCACGGGCCAGUCUUGGCAGUUCAAGAACUACAAAUGGAGCUCCCCUCCGGACCUCUUUCGCCGCGUUCUGGGUAUCUUCAUCGGCUGGCGCGGCGAGCAGCCGCCCGACAGCGUCAAGGAAUGGGGACAUCGUGUGUUGCAGCUAGGUGUCGACAGAUGGCGUGACGGUACUGGAGCUCAGGAGGCUGCGAAGUUCAGGGACAAGGAGGCCGCGGAGUCGAUCUGGAGGGCCAUCGAGGCGAACAUGAAGAACAAGGGAUGGACGAAGACCACCGCGCCUAGUCAACUCUGAAGGCGAAGGAGGGGAUAAUCAAGGCGGCUAUGCUCGACAUAGAAAAGUCGACAAACGUCUCUAGGCAUAUGUAGGAAGACGGCCACGAACUUACAGUACAUGUAUUAUCAAAUGGGGCUGGAAAACAAUUCACAGCGAAGGCGUUCAAGGGCUGUUUUUGCGCAGCAAGGCGAAUGACGGGAGACUCCUCUUCCGUGUGGCUGGGAGGGAUGCUAGGGGCUAGUCUGGUUACCACGAUAUCAACAUAUUCAGGGUCGAAAUAUUUGAAGGCGAACAUGAGGUCCAUGCCACCUUGACGACGGAGAUACUAGAAAU